AUGUUAAUACUUAGCUUCAUCACCACGAUAGCCAAUAAACUAUUGAGGUAUACAAUGGAUGAUCAACCACAACAACCACCGCCACCGCCACCACAAGAGAGAAAAAAGAGAAUAGCCACACAACUAAUUGACAGUCAAGAGCCACAAGAAAUUGAUUUCAAUCAUUUUGGUCUGCAUUAUGGGGAUAAACAAAUUAAGUUCGCCAAUGAGUGUGGAGUCCUCACGCGAUCGAUGAUUUCUAUCAAUUAUCAAACAUGGAAGAAAGUGCCGCAGGGUGAACUUGAGAUGCUGUGGUUAACUAUUAAAAGACGCUGGAAUAUUCAAAAUAACAAACGCAGAGGUGAUGUGCUUAAAAUUUGUAACACUGCAUGGAAAUCCUACAAGAAGAGGCUAAUACGUGAUUUCAUAGCCAAUGGAAGAGAUCCAAUUCCAAUCUACCCAUAUCUAGACCCUGAUACAUGGAAAACCUUCAAAAAAGAGAGAUCUUCAAAGGAAUUUCAGGUAAUUAGUGAGAAAGCGAGAGCAAAUGCGAAGCUUCAAAAAAAUCCAGCACGGUUAGGUCCACAUGGGUAUCGGGGUAGACAAGCUCAAUGGGAACAAGAGAUUGCAUCCGAAGGGUUGUCGGAAGAGUUAGCAUCAGAAUUGUGCAAGAUAAAAAGCCAGCGUUCAAAAGAUUUUGUCAUGGGUAGGCUAUCUAAAAAUGAGUCUGGAUCAUAUUAUGCACCACUCGGCAUGCAAGCAACAGUGACUAAGCUUGCAGAGGUCGAAAGUCAGAUAUCCCGAGGAGAUUGGGUCCCUGAACCUGGAGAAGAUUCGUUGACAGCAGUGUUAGGAAGAGAGCAUCCCGGUCGGACUAGGGCAGUUGGUCACACUGUUGGCUUGAGAAAAGCCAUGCACGGGAUAGAUAAAAAGAAGAGGAAAAUGCACGCCAAAGAAUCUAUGGAUGAGUUGCGCGCCAAGUUGGACGACGUUACAAAACAAGUGUCAGAGUUAAAGGCAGUGAUACAUGACUCAUGGAAGCAAGUCACGGACAAUGUGAGCCUGAAAGUUCAUAAUAGUAGUUCUGACUCGAUGCCAACCUUGGCUACUAUAACGAACCCCACUCAGUGUAAAUUGGUGUUACCAUAUGGAGCACUGGAUCAGAAUUGUGCUACUGGCUUGGUCUUUCCGUAUGGGGAUAGGUUAAUACACUCACUCCCUUUGCGUGAAAAUCACAUGAAAGUGUUAAUAGACCAAAUCAACAAAGACUUUCAAAGUCUUCCUAUUCUUGUAGUGACUGAUGAAGUCAGUAAUCUUCAAAAUGCAGUUGGCCAAAUAAUUCAAUGGCCACGAAAUGCUAUUAUUCUGACUCAGAUUCAAGGAAGAAAGCAACAAAAUUCGACUCCAAGUUUGCCACAAACCAGUGUAGGGGGUUGUACAAGAAAGAACACACUCACUCCAAUGAACAAAUCGAAGCCAAUUGAAUUACUACGUGAGCGAUUGAAGAACAACCCACUAAUUCAUGUUGUAGCUGAUGAUGGCAUUCUAGAAACUGACAAGUUUGAGUUUUGGGUAGCACAUGAUGAAAUUCUUCAAUUGUUGAACAAAAGAACACUUGAUGUUACCAUUCUAACCGUUUGGGAGAUGAAUCUACAUUCCAUUGCAUGUGUGAAGAACAAAUGUUCUUUCCUAAACCCACAUAAGAUUCUUGGGGAAAGUUGCCAAGAAAACCCGGAAGCUGUCAUAAAUUACAUUGUUGAUGUGAUGCGGAUUCAGCAAGGAAAACAAUUUCUCAUUGCUCCAUAUCUGCAAAGUGAGCAUUGGGUCUUGUUCGUGAUUUGCCCUCAUAAUGGCACCGGGUACAUAUUGGAUUCAAUUAGGAGUCAUGUACAAAAGCCUGUGGAUACCUAUUACCUACUGAAGAAAUAUGUUGACACGGCUUUUGCAAGGUAUGGGAAAUACACAUCAAAUCCAAUCAGUUGGACGCUCGCCGAGUGCAAACAACAACCGGGCGAUUGGGAAUGCGGCUAUUAUGUAAUGAAAUGGAUGAUGGAUUUUGUGAUGGUUGAACAACACGGAUUCUUGAGUAGAACUAAGAAUACCAUAUGUGCACAUAAUGUUGUAACCAGGUCGGCCAGGUGGCCACCGGAUGGAGAUAUCGGAGAAGAAACAAGAGUAAUUGGUACACUUGGAUAUUUGGUUCCUGAGUAUGCAGAUGUAUACUCGUUUGGGGUUGUAUUAUCGGAGCAUGCAUGUUACGAGGCACAAAGCAGUGGAUAUUAA